AUGGCUGAAGCUGCAAUCAUAUACUUUCUGAGGAGGCUAGGCUAUCAGUUAGUACAAGAAGGAAAUGUUCUGUCAGGGGUGCAAGAUGAAAUUGAAUGGAUCAAGAAAGAGUUUCAAGCCAUGGUAGCUUUUCUAAGAGAUGCUGACAAGAGGCAAAAGAGAGAUGAAACUGUGGCUGGUUGGGUUAAAGAGGUAAGAAUCUUGGCUUUUGAUGCUGAAGAUGUUAUUGAUGAAUUUCUUAUUCAAAUGGCUACUACUCAUUGGAACAGCUUAUACUUCUUUAAGUACUUGAAAGUUAGGUAUCAAAUUGGCUAUCAUAUCAGGAAAAUCAAGAAACAAGUCAUUGAAGUUAAAGAAAGAAAAGAUAGAUAUGUUGUCAAUGGAUUAAUGAUGUGUGAAGAUGCAUUAGCAGCUAGUAGCUAUAGAGGAACUGGUGGAAUGUCCUCUAGAGGGCCUGGUGCAGCAUCCCCUUUUGUUCGAGAAGACGAUAUUGUGGGAAUUGAACAUGAUGUCGAACAGCUAAUGAAGCUCGUAUUAGAAGGAAACACGAAGAAUUUCCUCGCGGUUUCAGUGUUUGGCAUGGGGGUUUGGGAUGUCCUGAAAAAUAUCCUUUUUGGGUUCAUAGCUAGUAGAGGUGAGCCAGCUCUAGAUGUUAUGGGUGCCAUGGAUGAGGGAUGGUUACUAGAGAGGACCAACGACUACUUGCAAGACAAGAAGUACUUGCUAGUUCUUGAUGAUAUAUGGGAUGAUAAGCUAUGGGAAGAUCUUAAACAUGCAUUUCCGCGAAGAAAAGGGCGAAUCAUAAUUACAACAACAAUUCGCGGUAUAGCAUCCCCUCCUGAGGAUAAUUUCCAAAUCUAUGAUCUCCAACCCCUCACUUAUGAAUUAGCUUGGAGCAUCUUUUGCAAGAAGGAAUUUCGAUCAUCUCAGGGGACUUGUCCUGAUGACUUGAAGGAAUUCGCGGAGGCUAUAGUGAGAAAAUGUGGAGGUUUACCUUUAGCAAUUGUAGCCAUCGGGAGCUUGUUAUCAUGUAAGGGUAGAAAUAUCCGUGUGUGGCAAUCUGUUCUCGAUACCUUAGACUGGGAGUUCAACCAUCACCGAGACAUUGAGCAUCUAAACAAGGCCUUGUUGUUCAGCUAUAAUCACAUUCCGUUUUACCUCAAGUAUUGUUUCCUUUACCUUGGUUUGUUCCCCGAGGACUAUGAGAUUGGGAGGAAAAGGCUAAUACGAAUGUGGGUGGCUGAGGGGUUUGUUGAGGGAACUGCUCAUAAAACAGAGGAAGAGGUCGCGAACCAUUACUUUGUUCAGCUUAGCGACAGAAGUAUGAUUCAAGCAGUUACUAUACAUGCUCGAGAUGUGCUGAAAGCGUGCAAGUUGCAUGAUCUAAUGUGCGAUGUGGCCAAUCAAAUGCUAAAGGAAGAGAAAUUCGGAUCCAUCUUGGAAGAAGUUGUUGACAAGACUAUUCAAGAGAGACAAAGGAGACUUGCAAUCUAUGAAGAUGCAGAUAGUAUCCCCUCAAACAUCAGUAAGUUGAAUCUGAGGUCUCUUCUCAUUUUUAGAGUAAAUGAAUUGUCAUUUUCGGCUCUACAGAAACUGCUAAGGCAGCUCAAAUUGGUAAGAGUUCUAGAUUUACAAUAUGCUCCUCUAGAAAAACUAGCAAAUGAGAUUGGUAAUUUGAUUCAUCUCCGGUACUUAGAUUUAAGAGGGACUUUGAUAAACGAUCUUCCAAAAUCAGUGAAGAAUUUGAGGAAUCUCCAGACGUUGGAUGUGAGAAACACGGAAGUUAAACAUUUGCCUGCUGGAAUCAAUGAGCUGCAACACCUAAGACAUCUUCUCCUGUCUAGUUUUCGUGAUAGGGAAAAGGGAUUCGUGAAGAUGGCUAGUGGCGGGAAACACUUUGUGAAGCUGCAAACACUAUCUGGAAUUGAAUCAGAUGAAGACCUAGUGCAACAACUAAGAAGUUUAACAAGCUUGAGGAAAAUCUUUAUAGGGAAAAUGACUGAAGCCAACAGCAAAGAUUUUUGCCAAUCUUUAGAAAGGAUGAGCAAGUUGAGGUCCUUAACAGUACUAAGUGAAGGUCCUUAA